AGCGCACAGAGCCGAACAUCCAAUGGCUCAAUCUCAGCGAGUUUACUCACUGGCUGGAUUCUGUCUGCAGCCAGAGCUUCUGGACUGAGUAAUUUCCCGCUGCUACACAUAGUUGACAGCGAAGAGUUUUCUUGGAGAGUUUCUUUACCUAGAAGUAAACUCAGAAGAAGCGCACGGACGCAGCGAUGACAGCCGAGUUUAUUUCACUUCGAAGUCACUGAGACCCGCAUCCUGCUGCGCUGCAUCCGAUCAUAACUGACCCUUCAGGGAAGAUACAAAGGACAUACAGGAUGAAUUCCGCUUUUAUAGCAGUGUUACUUGGAGUGGUCGGGGCGCUGGCCAGUAACAAGGAUUGUUUGUCAGGCCAGUAUACAACCAGCGGAGAGUGCUGCGAGCAGUGCCAGCCUGGUGAGGGUGUCGUCAGACCAUGUGGAGUCUCACAGACUGUCUGUGCCCCCUGCCUUGACAGUGAAACCUUCUCAGAAAACUUCAGUCACACAGAGAAAUGUCAGCCCUGCACAGCCUGCACAGGUCUGCUCCGCAUGAAGGCGCCCUGCACAGACUCCAACGACGCCACCUGUGUGUGCAACUAUGGCUACUAUAUGAAUGAACUCUCACAGCAGUGUCAACCCUGCACCAAAUGUCCUGAAGGCCAGGGCAUGCUGUACAGCUGUGAGCCUGACCAUGACACAGUGUGUGAGGAGUGCAACGGGGACACUUACUCGGACCAGGAAAGUUCUCGGGAGCCCUGCAUCCCCUGCACCACAUGUGAUGAGGGGGUGGACAUUUUACAGCCCUGCACUUCUUUCACUGAUACAGUUUGUGAAGUUACCUACACUCCAGUGACUCCCACGAAUUCCUCCAUGGACCCCGAUGAGUUAGCUUUUGAUGAGAGCACCCCACCAGAGGGCUUGACAGAGAGCACCACCACCACCACCACCACUAAUGGUGAUUCCCAGGAGCGGCUCUACGAUGGUCUGAACGACAAACUCAUACCCAUCUACUGCUCCAUCCUGGCAGCAGUAGUGGUUGGCCUUGUGGCCUUCAUCAUCUUCAAGAGGUGGAACAGCUGUAAGCAGAACAAGCAAGGGGCCAACAACUGCACAGCCAAUCAGAACCAGACUCCAUCACCUGAGGGAGAGAAGCUGCACAGUGACAGCGGCAUUUCUGUGGACAGCCGAAGUCUGCAGGAGCAGCUGGCCCAGGCACAGACAGUUGUCACCAUGGAUGAGGAGCCUUGUUUGCUCCUUCCUCUCCACACCAGAGAGAAAGUGGAGAAGCUGCUGUUCAGGGGCAGUGAAGGAGACGACUGCAACCACAUGGACGACAGUGACUGGUGCAACCUGGCGGGCCUCCUGGGAUACGAGGAGGAGCGGAUUGCGACCUUCCGGCAGGAAGAGCAUCCUGUCCGCGCGCUCCUGUCUGACUGGGCAAGCAAGGACUGUGCCAGCAUCGACGCGCUGUGCACGGCGCUGCGCAAGAUCAACCGUGACGACAUCGCCCAGAGUCUGGUGUUAAGCCCAAGUGCUCCAAAGCCGACCGCCACUUCUGUAGUGUGAUAUAAGCUUAACAGCGAGAAAACCACCUGAACCUUAACCUUAAUAUUCUUCCAUGGCCUCCCUCACUCCACACAAUUCAUGCUACAGCAGCUUUUUCCAAAUGAAGCCAGCAGUCACAGUGAUAAUUAAAUUUCAUGAACCCUAAAGAAUUAUUUCCAUGUUUAAUCAAGGGAUAAGGCAGGAAGAUGCCAGAAAUCAAACAAAUACUGAAUUAAAGUACUUAAUCAAAUCAGUUCCCUUUACUUAAUCAGGAUAUGCUCAUAAUCAAAAGGUUAAAAUCCUUACAUUGUAACGCCUAUGUGGAGGGAAAUAGUCUGUAAUCAUUCCAUUUUGAGCCUGGAUAUGCAUCUGCCUUUCCACACUAUCUGAUAUCCAGCUUACCAUCUUCUGACUUUAUUAGCCACCAUGGAGCAGCAGGGCGCUUUGAACUGAAUCUACUGUGGAUAGCUGGCUCUCUCACUCCUACAACUUGAUCUUUUGAAUCUUUAUUCUUAAACACACAUAGUCAGCGUGUCCCUUACUUAUACCGUUCAUAAGUCAGUGCUGUAUCUCUGUUUGUUGCUUUACAAAUCUAUGCUACCAAAGAGGAGUAAACGUCUUGAGACCAUACCUGACAAGUGACAUUAUUUACAUGCCAUGUUAGAUUUCUGGGGAUUUAAGUUGUCAAAUGGCUUGUGUCUCAAUGAGGCCUGCAUACCACAGUGUAUCUGGAUUAUGCAAAUAUGACAACCCGAAGAAAGAUGCUUGGACGCAUUUCAAAUGAACCUGUUCUCUUUCAGCAAAAACGAAAGCUAAGUCAAGCUAUUUACUCUUAUUUUAAUUACUUGUAUUAGAUUUAUUACAUUGAGCUGCAGUACAUGUGGAAUUAAUCUCAACUUCAGCUUUUUGAGUGAUUUCUGCAGACUCUUUCUUUUCCGACAAGUGCUAUGAGAACUGCCGGCUGGACUCUGGAGAAGGUCAUUGACUGUGGCAACAUGAGACACUAUUCUAUGUGCUCAGGCCUAUCUGCAUAACACAGGAGCUCCCACACAAACUCCUUCAUACUGACCCAGAAAAUUGAAGGACGUGGAACUCAAGUCACCCAGCAAUGACUAUGUAUACUCUAUAGACACUGCAUACACUAAAUAGAGACAUACUGUACAUACAUACACACGUAGACGUUCAGUAUGUAACCAUGCAUGCAUGUACUACACACAUACACACACUGAUCAUGUAUACAUUUACAUUCUUAUUCAUUGUAGGAGACAGAAAACUUCAGAUCCUGCCAUAUACUGUGUGGAACACUCUCAUGAGGGGACCAUAUAUUGUUUAAUCUCAUUAUUAAUAGCCAGUAUAAGGUCAAAUUAAAAUCCAUAUAAUUUGAAAUGUGUGCUAUAGAUAAUGAAAUACAACCUUAACAGUAAACAGCAUGCAGAAACUAGCAACUCAUUGUCAACCAGUGCACAAAUUCCAAGAAAAAGAACAUGCUCAUACAGAAUAAUCAGGAUGCAAAACAAAAAUCCAGGGUUUUCUAUUCGUUUUUGCUUAAUUUCUCAGGUUAUCUUAAAUGAUUAUGUUACUAAAUCAAUAUUACACUUAUUAUUGCACCCUGUAUAAUUGAACUGAGCAAGGUGUAGUUGUUCAAGAGGAGACACUGUUUAUCCAAAUCAGUGAUUUUAGAAAUCAGAGCGACUGACAAUCCUUCAAACAGGUGAAUAAAAGAGGGAAACGGGCCAGAGAAACAGAAAAAAGGGUGUCUUGUUUCCUUAUUGUUUGCAACAAUGACCUCUGGAUAAAAGGCAAGUCAGUCGAGACAUAAGUCAAAGGAUAUGGGAUUGAUUCAGACCAAGGGAAAGCAGAAAAAAGUUUUGGAUUACUUCAAUGUAAAGGUGAAACCCAGGAAUCUGCAAUUGCAUUAAUAAGCUUGUUUAAGUAAAAUCAUGCAUUCCUCUCCUCGUGCCGGUAUGUGCUUUUUACAUUGUGUUGUGUUACACCUAUUUGGUUUGAAUUUUGUCACAGCAUACUUCGAAAAUGCUGCCAACUGAGGACCCCUAGCACCUAUUUGUUUUCCUUCCGUUUGUUCACUGUCUGUCUGUUUGGGGGGGAAAUAUUUGAAGGAGCAAAUAGUUUACUAUACUAAUCUUACUUAUAUCACCAACUUCAUUUGUUACUCUUGAUUGUACAUUGAUACUAACCGCUAGCAUACUGAGCUUCAUGCUGUAGUGUUUACUUUAAAUGAAGGUAUUCUCACUCACACUCUGUAAGGGUUGUUGUAUUUUAAUUCCAAAAUAACAACUGUAAAUGGUAUUAUAAUUCUCUUAUUGUCCUGGAUUCUAGCACUUAAAUGUGUAAUUAUGUAUGUCUGUUUUGCAUCACAAGUGCCUGGGAACUAUUUCAGGUGUCCACUGAUGUUGUACAUUUUUGUUUUUAGCUGUUUUUGUAAGUAUAUCUCCUUUAGUUGUUGUUGUUUUUUUUACUUGUAAAUAAUUUGUCUUUUUCUAGCUUUUAUUUUAGUUAAAGCCUAGAAGGCGCUACUGUGCAAUGUCUAUAUGAAUGAGACAUUGUUAUAAUAUCAAUGCUGUCCUAGUUUAAAAGGGUAAGAAGGGCAAAGGGAAGGGAGUGCCUUUGUGAGGUACUUGGUGCAAUUAACAAAUUAAUCACCAUUAUGUGUAUUAUUGUAGUGCAUCGUUAAGACUGGACAUGAGUGAGGAACCAAAAAAAUGUAAAUACUUUUAAGGCUAAUCAGAACUGGAAUGGCUCUGAUGGGCCAUUUGGAAAAUAACCACCUGCCACCAAACCCGGGUCAGAAAUAUAAUGUAACAUUAUUAUACACUGAUUUGAGUGCCCUGUGCUGUUAUUCAAUCUCUUAUUAGUAUUCGACAUUUUGGGAAAUACACUUAUUCGCUUUCUUAACGAGAGUUAGAUGACAAGAGCAAUACCACUCUCAUAUGUGUAUGUUCAGUAGAAAGCUACAGCCAGCAGCCGGUUAGCUUAGCUUAGCAUAAAGACUAGAAACAUAGGAAAACAGCUAUCUUGACUUUGUCCAAAGGUAGCAAAAUCUGCUUACCAGCACCACUAAAACGUACAAAUUAGCUUAUUAUAGCUGGUUUGUUUAAUCUGUAAGCGUUGUGGUGUUACCAGACUAUUUAUGCCUCCAAUAACAUAAAUAGUCUGGUGCUGGUAAACAGAUUUUGUUUAGUUUAGACAGAGGCAGGCUAGCUGUGUCCUCCUGUUUCCAGACUUAAUGCUAAGCUAACUGGUUGCUGGCUGUAUAUUUAUCAGAUAGAUAUAAGAGUGGUAUUGAUCUUUUUCUUUAGCCGACUGCAAAAAAGUCAACAAGCUUACUUCCCAAAUUGUCAAACUAUUGCUUUAAAUUAAAAGCCCAAUAUAAGCAGAAAAGCUUAAAGCAAUUUGCAACAGUUAAUAGGUAUGUCGCUUAGUAUUAUACUCUGUCACAUCGAUAUAGACAUACGUAUAUAAGUGUCCAUAGCAUACAACUUGCUUCAUAAUAUUUUCCCCUGACACUUGAACUCAGUGUCGCACGUUGAGUCAUAAAUUUAAUAAGAGAUCCAAGUUCCCAAUGGUGCUGAAUAUGUGAAGAUUUUGCAGCAGCAGGAUUUAAGAUUUAAGUCACUAAUCUGUGAGGUUACGUUCUUUAGGCUGGACCUGAUCUGCUUUUUUGAUUACAUACAGACUAAUUGGAAAGUUAUACAAAAUAGUCGUCUAAAUAUGGAUUGACAAAACUUGGGCCUCAUCUCCAUUUUGGAUUGUGAAACUUAAGAAAAUGAUUUAGUUUUUUAUAGAUGUGUUCAUGAUUAGCCAUUACUUCAGAAUUACCUUCCCUGAAAGCCCUUUGUUCAUUACUAUAGUUUAGUUAUCGCUAUGUUCAGAGUUUGUCCACCUGUCAGUAACUGUGACUGAUGAUGGAGACUCUUUCCUUGGACAGUAUUUGUUUAGUUUUAUAGAUAUGAGAGAUUAAAUGGUGACCAGACUUUGAAUUGCUUGUACAGUAAACCCAACUGAAGGUGAACAUGUCAUGACAUUGCACUUGAGAGUAACAAACUAGUCAUGCAUAUGGGGGGAGGGGAGGGGAUAAGGUUUGAAUAAAAGUCCUGGUAAUGUAGCUCAUACUAACGAGACUGACGGCGCACCAGGACUGAAAUGUACAGAUCUGAGAAUUGUUGAAUGUUCCUUGUGUACUAAUACAUGUACUGUACUAUACUUAAUGUGAAUUUGCAAAAUUCCUACAUCAGACAAGCAGUAAAACCAAUAAUAAAGUUCAA